AUGACGUUUCAGAGUCCCGGCUACGACCCAUCCUCAGGCAUCUCCGGCUCCUUAGACUACCACCCGUUCGGGGCCCUGGGGCCCUAUCCAUAUGGAGACCCCGCCUACAGGAAAAACGCCACACGGGACGCAACGGCCACGCUGAAGGCCUGGCUGAAUGAGCACCGUAAGAACCCGUACCCCACCAAGGGGGAGAAGAUCAUGCUGGCCAUCAUCACCAAGAUGACCCUGACUCAGGUGUCCACCUGGUUUGCCAACGCCCGCCGCAGGCUGAAGAAGGAGAACAAGAUGACAUGGACCCCCAGAAACAGGAGUGAGGACGAGGAGGAAGAGGACAACAUCGACUUGGAGCGGAAUGACGAGGACGAGGAGACGGUGAAGACGAAUAAUGAUGAGCCGGAGAUGAAGAGUGAGGCCGGUGCCCGUCGUCCCUCCCCGGUGGGAGACGCCUGUCGGCUGACGUACAGAGAGGACAGCGGCAGUGACACCGACCGAGGCUUCACAGAGCCGGACUUUAAAGACCUGGAGGACAGGAGGCUGUCCCACAUCCUGGGCCCCACCUCCACGCGGCUCCCUCCUCAAAACGCACCACUGAGCAUGCUCAGAGUUUCAGAGCCAGAGCACACGUCGAGUCCACCAUCUAAAGAGCAUGGCGACUCCUGCGGGACCAUCCAGGGGCCAAACCCAGCCCCUAAACCCAAACUGUGGUCCCUCGCUGAGAUUGCCACCUCUUCAGACAAAAGUAAAGGAUGUAAUGACUCUUCCCAGAGCGGAGGGCCGGGGCAGGCCCCAGCCCACCUAACGCCCACACCCCGGACCCCAUUCCCUCACAGCCCGGCCCUGCCCCGACACCUCUACUACACCUCCCCCUUCAUCCCUGGAUACUCAAACUACGGCCCUCUGGGGCCACUGCACAGCCCCGGAUCACACUUGGCCUCGGCGACACAUUUAAACGGAUUACACCAGACGAUGCUGCAGAGAGCCGAGGCCAUGGCCAGAGACUGCAGGCCACGCAGCCAGAGCCAGCUGGAGCUGCAUGAGCUGAAGAAAGGCAUGACGAAUGUGUAGAGCGGACGGACCUUUGCACACAUUUAUUUAUCAGGACCGAAUGGAUUGUUUCUAAAACAUCUGGAUAUGGAAGAAAACUAUUCAACACAGACAGAUGGCCGGGCAGAGGCCACAGACGCUCACUCAGAAACACAAGCAUUCCAUUAGACUGCGUUUUUCUAUGUUGAUGAGAUUUAACCUUUGUAGUGCAUUUCUGCACAGAAC